AUGCCAAUCUAUAACUCUACAUUCCCUGUGUUCCUUUUAACUGGACUUCCAGGACUUGAAUGGGCCCACACCUGGAUCUCCAUCCCCUUCUGCUUCCUCUAUCUAAUGGCGCUUUCUGGAAAUACCUUUAUCCUGUUUGUAGUCUUCACUGAACCAAGCCUCCAUGAACCCAUGUACUAUUUCCUAUCUAUGUUGUCUACCACUGACAUUGGUUUAAGCAUCUCUACGAUGGUGACAGUACUGGGAAUAUUCUGGUUCAAUGCCCGGGAGAUCAACUUCAAUGCUUGCUUAUCACAGAUGUUUUUCAUUCAUCUCUUCACUGUCAUGGAGUCUUCAGUGCUCCUGGCUAUGGCUUUUGAUCGUUUUGUGGCUAUUUCUAAUCCUCUGAGAUAUUCUACCAUUUUAACUCAUGCGAGAAUUGUACAGAUCGGUUUAGCAAUUGUUUUCAGGGCAACUUCGAUUCUAACACCACUCGUCCUGCUUCUUAAACGUCUGUCAUUUUGCAAUAACCAAGUGCUUCAUCACUCCUACUGCUUCCACCCUGAUGUGAUGAAGCUCUCCUGUUCAGACGCAAGCAUCUAUAGUGCUUUUGGACUAGUUACAAUUAUCUCAACUGCUGGAUUGGACUCUAUCUUUAUUCUUAUUUCCUCUAUCUUGAUCAUUCACUCAGUUCUCAAUAUUGCAUCUCCAGCAGAAAGAAAAAAGGCUUUCAGCACAUGCGUCUCUCAUAUCACUGCUGUGGCCAUAUUCUAUAUUCCUUUGAUAAGCUUAUCCUUUGUUCACAGAUUUGGAAAGCAUGCUCCACCCUAUGUACCCACACUCAUUGCUAAUUUGUACAUGCUCAUUCCUCCUGUGAUGAAUCCCAUCAUCUACAGCGUGAAAACAAAGCAGUUUCAAAAAGCUAUGCUCAAGCUUGUAUGUUCCAAGAGAACUCAUAUUUAA